AUGGAUCCAAGUGAAUCAAAGCACACUUCGUCUGUUCUGUUACCUCAUGCCCCUAUUGUUCUUUCACCACCACCACUAGACCGUGCUCAACCGAAUAGCCAGCAACAAAUCCAAUUGAAUCAGUCGGAGUUUUUACCACAAAAUUAUCAGGGAAAUAGACAACAGAGUGUUGGGUACAAUCUUCAACACGAAUUUGAAACUUUAACUGCAGAGUUGGACUUGGACUUGAAGAACCAAGGCAGGAUGUCGCAAAGUGUACCACCUCCUAUUUCAUUAACUCAAGGUCAAAACCAAUUUCAAGUUCCGCAACAACAUUCAGCAACAAGUUCUAAUUUGAUAGCGCCUGCUGCAUCUAAGUACAACGAUGCAAGUAUUUCGUCAAACUUGUUGAAUUUAGGUUCAGCCAAUUCAGCUUCCAACUCGGAGUCGCAAAAGGAGACAAACUCAUUAUCACCUGCUCCGCAAGUUGCCCCAUCAAAUCCACAGUUAGUGUCAUUGCUAGAAAAUAGAGUUCAAAGCUCACAGCCUACAGGUGGACUCUUGCAACCUCCGUCUGCUUCCAUUCCUGACCGGCCUCAAUCAGCUCAUGAUUUCACAAAUAUUUUCCGCAGAACAGGGCAUGCGCUUACAGGUUUCGGCAAUCAAGGGGCUGUAUCUCAGCAACUACAACAACAGUCUAUGCAUCAAUCAAAUUUGUACCUGGAUCUCUUGGUGUUCAGUAACUGGAUUGAAAACCUUAGUCCGCAGGAUACCGUUUCUAUGAUUGACUAUCUAUGCGCCAGUUUGCCUGUUGAUGUGUUACUCACAUUCCAAGCUAAAUUGGACCAGCAUUUGCAAGCAUACAACCAGCCACCAGGUGUCUUGCAACAAAACCCAUUGUCGCCCUACGGCAACACUGCGUUGAAUUCUGAUCUUUAUAAUGACAUGGAUAAUUUGAGUUUAAAUGAACAAAAGUCAAAAUUCAAGCCACCACCUUCUGCGCAGAAAUCGGCUGAUUUUCAACCGACUACUGAAACUAACUCAUUCAACCCAAGUUUACUAAACAUUGAUAAGGGAAUUGCACGUCCUCGCUCCGCUGAUCCGUUUUUGCAAAAAAACCAACAAAAUGCAAACUUAGGCAACCCACUUUCAUUGGAGAGAUCGAAAUCGCCAACCUCACAUUUGCAUGAAAAGACAAACUUCUUGCAAUUGGCUGCAAACAAUUCUCAAAAUGUGUCGCCAUAUUACUACCAAUACGGCAACAGCAAUCAAGCGUAUUAUUCGCCAAACCAGCAGAUCAAUAGUGCUGCACCAGGUCUUCAUCAGGAUGAGAACCUUGAUAUGUCUAGUACUGCAUUGAAAUUAGGGGCACUUGCAACAAUCAAUUCAAGAGUGGCUUUGGAUAGUAACAGAAAGCAUCCGCAUGGAAGUUCAAGCUGGAACACUGGCCCACAAAGUCAGCAGAAUCAGCACGGCAGCCACCACAUCCAGCACUACCAGCAACACAAUCAAGCCCACCAUCAAGCUCUGCCCCAAAACCUGGACAAGUUCAACCAUAACUUAUCCAUAUCACAAGCAAUGAACUUUGAAAAUUCAAUAAAUAGAGGUGCGAAUUCAGCAUCAGUUCCUGCUAGCUCUCAUGUGCAGAGAAACAACUUCAACAUUCCCUCGGGAUUGAAAAAAAGAGUUGCAUCGCCAUCGGCUUCCAAUAUGCAGCAGUCAAAUGUUUCAACCAGUUCAAUAAACAGCCAAACUGGAGCUAACGCGUCAUCGUCAUCAUCUAUGCCUAGUGAAGUUGCCAGUGUUGAACUCUUGAACAACAUACCUGCAUGGUUAAAGUUGCUCAGAUUGCACAAGUAUACUGAUUGUUUAAAGGAUAUGUAUUGGAAAGACUUGAUUGAGUUGAAUAGUGAUCAAUUAGAAGAGAAGGGGGUGGCAGCCUUAGGUGCUAGACGUAAACUCUUGAAAGCAUUUGAAGCGGUGAAAAACAGUCAGUAA